AAAACCUCCCCCACUUGGUUACGACCAUGUGAUGUAUGUCUUCUCAGCUUAAUAACAGGCAGACCAACGCUUUGCAUGAAUCAGUUCCAUCAUAUGUGUUAGACAUGAUGUGGAUUUUUCUCGUCACUCUUUCUUGGCUUUCUACAGCUCAAGCUGGCAAUUUGUGUAAAUACGUCGUCAGUGAGUGCUAUCGAGAUGCCCCUCUUCAAAAUGUCCCCUGGACCAGGUGUUAUGAAGACAGAAUUUCAACCUGUAUCCAAGGACGCAAUCGUAUGCCAAACUUCAUUCAUAAAUUGGUGAACUCAUCUCAAGAGGCAGAAGAGUGUCCCACUGACAUGCACAGCGUUCACAUCCCAUCCUCAGCUCUUCAGAGAAGCAGAAGUGAUGAAUCUCAGAUGGAGGUGGUGCUGGUUGCCACGGUGAUCAACAGCACUUACUUUACAGUCAGUAGGCCUGAAGCUAUUAAGCUGAGGCUUAACCGUCCAAAAGCAGCGAGGAGAAUGGUCAUACACGACCAGCGUGAUCACAUGCAAGGCACUGUUAUGGGAGGGUUAGUGCUGGCAGUGAUGGCAGGGAGCCAGCCUGUCGGGAACCUGCCUCAACCUAUUAAACUAACCUUCACACAGACCCGACAGAUGGAAUACAGGACCUGUGUGUUUUGGCAGGAGUUAGACAAUGGAACAGGUAUUUGGAGCACGUACGGCUGUAAUACCAAAGACACUGGUGCUGAGGUUAUUUGCAGCUGCAACCAUCUCAGUUUCUUUGCUGUGCUAGUGAACCCUAAUUUGUCAGUGGAUGAAACUCAUUCUACGAGUCUUAGCUACAUCACCUACAUUGGAUCAGCCCUCUCCGUUGUCUUCACAGUGAUGAGCCUGAUCAUCUAUAUAUGUCUACAACAUCAGCGUCCAGACAAGGCUAUCGGUGUGCACAUGCAGCUCUCAGGUGCACUGCUCUGCCUCCACCUCAGCUUCCUGUUGUGCUGCUUCUGUGUAUGGCUGAUCAACGAGGACGAUGAGGGCUGGGUUUGCCGCUUUCUGGGCCUCUUUUUGCACUGGUCCCUGAUGGCAACCUUCUGCUGGACGGCUCUGGAGGGAUUCCACCUUUACCUCCUCCUCGUCCAAGUCUUCAACAUCUACGUCAGGAGAUACCUGCUCAAACUCAGCUUGGUGGGAUGGGGUCUGCCUACACUUAUUGCAGUGGUUUGUGGAAGUCUUGGUGUUUAUGGCAAAUACAGUCUGAAACUAAGCGAUGCCAAAGACCAAAAUUCAACAGUACAGAUAUGCUGGAUGAGGAGUGACUUCACACCAAGCCUUGUGGUCCAAUACAUCACAACUGUGGCCUUUCCAUGUAUGGUCAUGCUGUGCAAUGCCUGCAUGCUGGGGCUGGUGGUGUUUAAGCUGUGGCGCAUUAGAGGAAGUAGUCGGGACGCUGACAGCAGCAGUUGCUGGAAGAAUAACACAGGGAAGAGGUUAUUGAAGGACUUUGUCACAGUGCUGGGCCUCAGCUGUGUGCUGGGGUUACCCUGGAGCUUAGCGAGCACCACGUACAUCUCCCUCCCUGGGAUCUACCUGUUCACAAUACUUAACUCCCUACAGGGUGUAUUUCUGUUCCUGUGGUCCAUGGCUUUGACCUGCAAAUCUCGAUCCGACAAAGACUCAUCUACGACUCACUCGUCCUCUCAGAAAAUGACCACUCUCAAUAACUGAUCAUUUAUAUUUGUAUGUGUGUACAUACAGUACCAUCUGUUGCCUAUAAUAGGUGUUUACUGACCUUUGGACUCGUGUCAAUUUAUUCAGGUAAUUAACAUUAAAUAAUUUCAAUCAGGAGAGAGAAAAAAAGAGACUAAAUAAAUUAGAAUGAAUUUGAAUUUAAUGUGAACAAGUAGAGAAGAUUCUGUCGCUCGGACCACAGCAGGAGGUACAACGCCAUGGAAGGAGGAGCUUCGGAAAUAAAGGAGACGUCCCCCCCAGUGCGCUGAUACUCAGAAAUGAGGAAUAGAGAAUGAAAAUAAGACUCAACUUUCUGGAAGUUCUGUUGCCCUGAAGUUCAAAACACAACUUUUCAUUAAAAAAAUGAACAAAAUGGACAGUGUGGAGAAAACAAGUUCUUCUGACAGUGCGUGUGAGUACAUUUUUACUAGGCAGUGUUAUUAUGGAAAUGCAAACACUAUUGGCUUGUUAUCUUGGUUGCUGGCACAUCCCCAGACUCCCUGUUUCCUAAAAGCUUUGCAUUGUUGUUACAGUCUACCUUUUGAAUCUCUACCAGGUUAAUGUCAAAGUUUACAUCAGACACACUUCCCUUUGAACUUUGUAUUGCUGUACAUCACUGAACUAUGUAGACUAGGUUCAUAUUAGUGCAUGAAUAUUGAUUGAAACUCCUUUAUUUGAA